GGUCAGGUGACUUGGGAGCCAGGCGGCUGGAGUAUGUUACCCUGGUAACUCUUGGGCCCCCGCAGACCUUCGGGAUAGCGCGGAAUUCAGAGGCUGAGUGUUUCCAAUGUUAUAAAUACUUUGGGAAGUGAAAAUUCUUGAUUAUGGCUCACUAUUCCAAAGAAGAGCUGGAUGAAGAGUUUGAAAAGUUCAUGAAAGAGCUUUCAGAUGAUUCUUUUGAGAAUUCAAACAAAACACCUAGACAACCUAAAAGAGAAGUGAAAAAGAAAGAUGCAGUGCCAUGGUGGAUAACUGAAGAUGAUUUUGAAGAUGGUGGACUGCUUGGAACAAAUGUAAGCUAUCUGAAAGCAAAGAGGCCUUCUCAGCCUAUUAUGGAAAUAGAAGCAGAGUCUGCUGAAAGGAUUCAGUUUCUUCAGAGCAGUGGAACCUCUAUCUUAAGUAUUGACAGCUUAGAAACAAAUGAGAUAGUAGUUUCUGAACUCAAUCAUAGUGUUCUUGGAUUGGAAUUGGACACAUUAGAAGAACAAGAAGAAAAAGAGCAAUUUUUUGCCAGGCUUGAGGAAGGCUUAACAUCUUCCAUUGAUUAUUCAAGAUUAAAUAAGGAACUGGAUUCUAAUGACUCCACACAAUUUAAAGCUUUACAUAGUAAUCAAGCUAAUAUAGAACUAAGUGAAGAUAAACAUGAGAAUGAAUCGAAACAUGAAGAAUUGGCAGAAAAUUACAGUGAUGAUUUUGAAGGUGAGGAGGAUAUUGAUGCACCUUUGACUACUCAAGAAGAGACUAAUACCAAAGAAAAUCCCAAAUCUGAAAAACUACACGUACCCAAACAGGAAGAAGAGAAAAUUGGUAUGCUGGCCAAUGUGGUGCUGCUUGAUUCCUUAGACUCUGUUGCAGAGGUCAACCUUGAUGAACAGGAUAGAGCAACUAAGCCGGAGGCCCUGCCAGAAAUGGCUGAUAAUGAAAUGACAGGAACAGGUGUUUCUUAUGGACAAAGCAAUAGUGACAUUGAAGCUCUCCAUCAGGCUUAUUGUCAGAUAGCCCAUUCUUUGGGAGAUGCAGACGAGCAAAGAACUGAGAGUAAUGCAAUGGAAAAUAUCAAGAGCUCAGUGAAAGAUUAUCCUCAAGAAAAUGAAGAGUCCUCUAAAAACAUCUCUACUACAGAAUCUGAUCUGCCCACGGUAGAGGAGCUGAUGAAACCUAUCAGAAUAGAUUCCUUUGGUGUCAGUGGUUUUGAUGUACAACCUGUCAGCAGACAGAGUUUGAGUCCCUCCUUAUACUACAUCCUCAUCAUCUAUAAGAAACUGGCUGAUAGAAAAGAAACUGAAUUUGUUAGCCCUUUAUCCCUUAAGACGAACCCAAAUAUUAUAUCUCAAGAGCCACGAAAUGUGAAAGAAUUUUUUGACAGAAAUGAAGAGAAUGUGGUUUUACAAAAGACAACAAAUAAAGGUAUAGAAAAUGGCUGUCCAGGAGUAAAUAAUACAGAAGAACAUAUAGAUAAAAUGUAUCUUGAUAUUUUGAGGAAAAAACUAUCUGUUGGUCCUUCGUCAUUGCCUCAGGGUGACAAAAUAAAUAAAACUUUUAAACAACUCGGUUCUGGAGAAGAAGGGGCUGUAACUGGUAAACAGGUACCAUGCAAGAAGGCCAAAAGUGCACCUCCAUUACUUCAAAGAAAACCCCAGAGUGGAUUAUAUGCAUCAGUUAGGAGCUCAGGCUAUGGCAAAUCCAGUUCACCAUUCAAGACUUUUCCUACUCUUGAAAAGAAAACUUCAAAGGACAUUAUGAAAAGCAAAAACUUGAGAUCCAUUCCCACUUCAAAUCAAGCUAGGAAAAAAGAAAUCUUAUCGGGAACAAAAGUCAUCAAGCCUGCAGCUUUGGGUAAAGCAGCUCCCAAAACUGAAAGUUGCCCGGCUACUCCUAAGAAGGCUGAAGAUUCUACAGAAACUGAUUACUGUGUUCAGUUUCAGAAUGAUUCUUCAGGAUACCAUGGUGAGAACAAGGAGACCGAGUUAAUUAUGUUUAAAAGAGUUCAGGAAGCAGAGGAAAAAUGGAGGGGUGCACAAGCGCUAAUUGAGCAAAUUAAAGUUACAUUCUCAGAAAAAGAGAGAGAGCUGGAAAAUAAGAUGGAAGAACUAAAGAGACAACAGGAAAAGGAACUCUUCAGACUGAACCAAGACAAUUACAUUCUUCAAGCCAAGUUAAGUAGCUUUGAAGAAACAAACAAAAAGCAGAGAUGGUUACAUUUUGGAGAAACAGCUGAUACUGUCACUGAAGAAAAAUUGAAGCAAAUUCAAAAAGAAAUACAGGAACAAGAGACGCUUCUUCAAGGAUAUCAACAGGAAAAUGAAAGAUUGUAUAAUCAAGUGAAAGAUCUCCAAGAACAAAACAAGAAAAAUGAGGAGCGAAUGUUCAAGGAAAACCAGAGUUUAUUCAGUGAGUUAGCUUCCUUAAAAGAACAGAUGCACAAAAGUCGUUUCCUGUCUCAAGUAGUUGAAGAUUCAGAGCCCACCAAAACCCAGAAUUUUACAGAUCUGUUAGCAGAACUACGGGUGGCACAGAAAGAGAAAAACAGUUUAUUGGAAGACGUCAAAAGACUGAAGCAAGACAAACAAGCUCUUGAAGUAGACUUGGAAAAAAUGAAGAAAGAGAGAGACCAAGCCAAAGAUCAGAUUGCAUAUGCCACAGGUGAAAAAUUAUACGAAAUAAAAAUUUUAGAAGAAACACAUAAACAAGAAAUCAGUCGUCUGCAAAAAAGAUUACAGUGGUAUGCUGAAAAUCAGGAACUUCUGGAUAAAGAUGCAGUUCGGCUUAAAGAAGCAAAUGAAGAAAUUGAGAAGCUCAAACUUGAGGUUGAGAAACUGAAAGCUGAAUCUGGAAAUCCAUCUAUUCCGCAGAAGAUACGUUUAAAAGAGAAAGCAGCUGAUGCCAAAAAAAUUCAGGAUCUAGAGCGACAAGUUAAGGAAAUGGAAGGCAUUCUAAAGAGAAGAUACCCCAAUUCUUUACCUGCUUUAAUAUUGGCUGCAUCAGCAGCUGGUGACACAGUGGAUAGAAAUACAGUGGACUUUAUGGAAAAAAGGAUAAAAAAACUAGAGGCUGAUUUGGAGGGCAGAGAUGAAGAAGCAAAGAGAAGCCUUCGGACCAUGGAACAGCAGUUCCAGAAAAUGAAGAUUCAGUAUGAACAGAGACUAGAGGAGCAGGAGCAGCUACUUGCCUGCAGAUUAAAGGAGGCACCCCAGAACCACCCUGACAGUGCCUGCAGGGUUGAAGCACUAGAGAAGGAGCUCGACGACAUCAAGGAAGCCCAUCAACUCACUGUAAGAAAACUUGAAGCUGAAAUAGACAUUCUUAAACAUCAAAAUGCUGAAUUGGAACUCAAGAAAAAUGAUAAAGAUGAUAAAGAUUUCCAGCCUAUAGAAUUCCAGAUAGAACAAGCUCAUGCUAAAGCUAAGCUGGUGAGACUUAAUGAGGAGCUGGCCGCGAAGGGGAGAGAAAUACAAGACCUUUCAAAAACUGUGGAGAGGCUUCAGAAGGAAAGAAGGAUGAUGCUGUCUAAUCAGAACUCUAAGGGUAAAGAGGAAGUGACUGCAAAAAGGGUGAAGAAAGAUGGUUUGCAUUCAGGUAAAGGAAGUGCUAACUCAUUCCCUGGAACCCUGGAUGGCAAGCUUUACCAGCCACAUACUUUUACUGAUUCCCAUGUUUCAGAGGUUUUACAAGAAAACUGCAGAUUGAAAAAUGAACUGGAGAGAUUAAUUGUGGAGAGGAAUGAGCUAAAGAUGAAAUCUGAAGCAGCAGUGAACCAAUUUGAAAAUUCCAUGAAAAGGGUCAAGGAAGAUACGGCAGCACGCAUUGCAUCUCUCAAAGCAUCUCAUCAGAGAGAAGUAGAGAAACUCCUUUGUCAAAAUGCAGUAGAAAAUUCUUCUUCCAAAGUAGCUGAACUAAAUCGUAAAAUAGCAACUCAAGAGGUACUUCUAAAACAUUUCCAAAAUCAAGUUAACGAGCUGCAGGGUAAACAGGAGUCUGUUGUAGUUUGUCAAGUUCGAGAAGAAAUCCUACAGAAAGAGAUUACAAAACUCCUAGAAGAACUAAGAGAAGCCAGAGAAAACCAUACACCAGAGAUGAAACAUUUCAUGAGCUUAGAAAAGAAAAUUAAACAGAUGGAAAUGCGACAUCAGCAAAGAGAGCAGGAACUUCAACAGAUAAUACAGCAAACACACCAAGUAGUAGAAACUGAGCAAAACAAAGAAGUUGAGAAAUGGAAAAGACUCGCACAGUUGAAGAAUCGUGAGUUGGACAAGUUCCGCACAGAAUUAGACUCCAUAUUAGAUGUUCUUCGAGAGCUGCACCGACAGGGGGUGGUUGUGCCGGUGGCUUUUGCAGAUGAAGUGAAUGCGCCAGAGUAUUACUAGAAACUGGGAUUUCCCAGGACCUCAUGGAAAGCCCUGAAGAUGGAGGGUGAACGGGAUUGUGCCACUGUCAGAAGAAGGCUUUUGAAAACAAGUGUUCCGGUGUGUGGCCAGGAAGCAAACAAUACAAAAGCAACAUUUCAAAAUAAAUUGCCCUAAACCAGUAAGGAAAAAUAUUAUGCUGUAUUUUACUGGAAAUCAUUAAGCAGUCACAUGUUAAUUUAUGGACACGUCCCUUUGUGUCAGAUGAUUAGAACGAGUGAGCUUAGUUGGAAAAGGUCUUCUAGUCUAGAUGUGGAAAGAAAAAAAUUGCUCACGCUCUACCAUUUUUUGACGAAGUGUGUAUUCUGAAUCCUUGGUGCCAGAAAAACAGCUCUUUCUCAUGGAAACAUGGAGAAGAACGUGAGCACAGUGGUUUGGACAGUCGCAGCGACAGUCCCCAGAGUAGAGCUUCCACAAUAAUUGACAAGAAUGGUAACUUUGUACAGCAAACAGUGAACGCUCUGCAUUCUCCCAGAUUUCCACUUCUACCUCUGGCUGCCUCAUGUUUGCACCUGACAGAAGUUCACAUGUAAUAGGGGAAUGCGAUUUCUUCAUUGUUUUCAUCUUUUAUGCUCCAGGUCUUAAAUACUAGUCCUUUUUUGAAAGUCUUAGAUUACAAACAGAAUAUAACAUCUUUAUUUAAAAAGUAAUGUAUGUUCAUUAGAAAAAAUUAAAAGCAUGCAUAAAAGUAGCCAGUUGUUCUUUUUCACAAUGCCUGUUUCCAAAAGCAGAUCGUAUAUAAAAUACUGGUAAAUUCAAGCUGGAGCCACCUUGUUUUCAAGUGUUCCAGCCCUGUGCUGUCCUAUAGGAGUAUAAUAUGAGGCACAUGUAAUUUUCAGUUUCCUAUUACAGCCGCAUUUAAAAAGAUAAGAAGGAAAUGAAAUUAAUUUGGUUAAUUUAUAUUAUCUGAUAUAUCCAAAAUAGCAGUAUAAAAUGAGUUUUUACAUUUUUUUCCAUACUUAGUCUCCAAAAUCUGGUGUGUUUCACAUUUACAGCACAACUCAAUUUGGACUAGCCACAUUCCAAGUGCUCAAUGACCAUAUGCCACUAAGUGCAAUUCUGAAAUAAUAAUAUAGUGAAAUAUUUUGUAAAAGACAGGUGAAAUAGAUCUUGGUGAAAUUAUGGGUAGCAAAUGUGAAAUGUGGAAAUUAAGUAAUUCAAUUAAUGUCACUGUUCAACAUUUUUUAUGUCCUUUAAGAGGGCAGAACAAGCAUUAAUUAAAGGUAGCUAUUUUUUAUGUGAAAGAAUUUUAAGUUACAACAUAAACUAUUUUGG